UUUGGGAUGAAUGGGUAGAAUGGAGCAAAUGUUCAGUUGAGUGUGGAGGAGGUCUUAAGGAAAGGAGUAGGGAGUGUGAGGGACCCUACUAUGGAGGGGCUGAAUGUGAAGGGCCUGCAUCAGAGGAAGAGAAUUGCAAUGAACACCAUUGCCCUGUUGACGGUAUUUGGGAUGAAUGGGUAGAAUGGAGCAAAUGUUCAGUUGAGUGUGGAGGAGGUCUUAAGGAAAGGAGUAGGGAGUGUGAGGGACCCUACUAUGGAGGGGCUGAAUGUGAAGGGCCUGCAUCAGAGGAAGAGAACUGCAAUGAACACCCUUGCCCUGUUGAUGGUGUCUGGGAUAACUGGGGUCCUUAUGGGGAAUGUGAUGUAAGUUGCGGAAGUGGAAAUAAGCUACGUGAAAGGAUAUGUGUUGGACCGUAUUAUUCAGGGAAGGACUGCAUUGGUUUAAGUGUUAGCAUGUCCACAUGUAACGACCACUCCUGUCCAGUUGAUGGUAAAUGGGAAGAGUUUGGUGAUUGGUUUGAGUGCUCUGUGUCUUGUGGUAAUGGUACGCAAGUGAAAAUUAGAGAGUGUAAUGGACCAUACUUCGGUGGUGCCAACUGUACAGGUCACUUCAGUGAGGAACAAUUCUGUAACACUUUCCCAUGUCCUAUUGAUGGAAAAUGGUCUGAAUGGGGAGAGUACGGAAAAUGCUCUUCUUCAUGUGCUGGUGGUAAAAAAGAACGAACAAGGAAAUGUGAUGGUCCAUAUUAUAAUGGACAAGAUUGUGUUGGGGCUGAUACUCAAACUGAUACAUGUAGUACCCAAGCUUGUCCAGGUACGCAUUGAACGCUGACAAUGACUUAAACAAACCCAUUGACUUCAGAUUAGUUACAAUUACACAUUAGUCUAGAUGGUCAACAGUUCACUAAUUGAAGGGGUGAUUCAGACAAAAGACCCAGUUUGUUGUGGUCUUCCUCAUUCACCAAUAUAGUGAUGCAGUUUAAAAACAAUAUAGUAAAAACCCUUUCAAACAACCAUUGCAUGAGACUAGAUAUAAAAUAGUAGUCUAUAGAAUUUAUGAACUGUGGCUAUACUAGCAUGUAGUGGAACUCUCUUGAACCAAACGGGGAGUGAUAUGACAAUUUUUCAAAAUGUAAACAAUAAUUGAACUGUUGGGUCAGUGGGAUAAAUCUAGUUAGUCAUUCCCAUUGAUGAUACCACAAUACUUUAUACAUACUUCAUGUCAUGCCUGCAUUCCUACCUUUAAAACAAAUAAUAUUUGAGGAAAUGACAACCUUAUAUUUUAUAAUACAGACUCUUAUAUGAUGUUUUUUGAAAUUUUGCCAAUUCACUCCCAUUUGAACUUACAUUGGCCAAUUAAAAGGCAAUUAUUGCUUAAAAUAAAACAAAUAUUGGAUCCUUUUUAGAUUUGGAAUAUAGUUCUUUAUUAUGUUCAAUUUAUUUUUAAGACAAAAAUAGUUUUUAUGUCCCCACCACAUAGUGUGGGGCCAUAUUGUC